GCGGGGGGGUUAUCCACUUACUGUUUGGUCCAGGAAAAUCUGGCAGUGUUUUCUUCUAUCAAUAACAUUUGAAAAGAUCUAUCUCAGCAGGUGUAGAAGGAACCAUAGCCCUUAGAUUGGAGAAAGAAGACAGAAAAAACAGAAACAAGGUUUUACUCAUGGCUCUGAAAGGAAAUAACAUCUGCAAUAACAAGGACCUACAGUUACAAGGAUUUCUAACAGAUUCCGAAAACCAUCCAUCUGUUUCAAUAAAUACACAGCCACUUCUCGAUGACUACCAUGUGGAGACCAAGCCCUUUGCACGUGGAAAGUUCGCCACAGUUCGACGUUGCACAGAUAAAACCAACGACCGAGCCUAUGCUGCCAAAUGCAUCAAGAAACGACGCCGUUCAGCUAAUGUCCGUCACGAAAUAAUGCACGAAAUCUUAGUUCUAAAGAUGUGUGAGCCGUGUCCACGAAUCAUUCACCUGCACCAAAUAUACGAAGGUCCAUCCGAGAUUAUCUUAGUCCUCGAAAUGGCAGAAGGAGGAGAACUCCAGCGACUUUUAGAUGAUGACGAGAUGUUUGAAGAAUCUCAAGUGAUUCACGUGAUUAUCCAAGUUCUAGAAGCUCUCUCAUUUCUCCACGGUUUGAACAUUGUUCAUUUAGAUAUCAAGCCUCAAAACAUACUAUUGACUGGCUCUUUUCCACAAUGUGACAUCAAAUUGUGCGAUUUCGGCAUUUCACGGUUAGUUUCAGAAGGCAUUGAAGUGAGAGAGAUAGUAGGAACUCCAGAUUACGUAGCUCCAGAGAUUCUUCAGUAUGAACCAAUCAGUUUCGCCAGUGACAUGUGGAGUAUAGGGGUUCUGACGUAUGUCCUUCUUUCUGGUUAUACACCUUUUGGUGGAGCCACCAAGCAGGAAACCUUCUGUAAUAUUACUAAAGGUACCCUAGAGUUCCCAGAAAAGAUGUUUCAAGAAGUUUCUAACCAUGCCAAGGAUUUCAUCAAAAAACUGUUAGUGCAGAAUCAAAGACAGAGGAUGCUCCCAGAAAAUUGUCUUAAACAUCCGUGGAUUGCACCUAACUCUGAAGAAAUUUCGAGGCAAAACCUUUCUUCAAAAACUGAAAAAAUUGAAUUCAAAUCAACACCUGACGAAAACAGGAAUUAUAUGGUUAACUCAUAUACUCAAAAUAAAGGUGACUUACUACAACAAAACUACUUUGAAAUUGAAGUACUUCCACCAGAAAAUGUUGUACGGAAAACAUCAGCUGAACAACAACAACAAACGCCCUACGAAGUUAUAAACGUAGAAGAAGAAACAGAGCAGAAAGAAGAAUCUAGUAAUAUAACAGAGUGUAAACAGCAAGUGUCUAUUAUUCCUGCAGAAACAGUCAUAGAUCAACCAUUUCUGAAAGAUAUAAUAAGUUUACCAAGGUACCAACCCCCAGUUGUUCCAGCGGGAAAAAUGGAGGAAAAUCAACUGUUACAGAAAAAUAUUUUUCUUCCUGAACAUGGUGAAUUAGUAGAGAAAAAGUUAUCACCUAAAGACGUAAAUGUUUUACAUAAUUUCAAACACGAGGGUGCUGUACUUUCUCUAGAUACAGUGGAGGAACACUUAUCACCAUACGAAAGAAAGCUUUUACAAAAGCACGAACCUUCUGCACUACCAGUGGAAGCGGUAGAAGAAAAAACAUUAGUUCAAAACAAAAAUAAGCUACCUAAAGGAUCAUCGCUACCUGGAGAGAUAAUGAAGAAACAGGAAGAAAAUAUUUUAUGUAAGCACAGAGUGUCUCUACCUCCAAUGGAAACAAAGGAAAAUAAGCCACUUUUAAAUGACGGAAAGAUUCUGACUGAGCCCAAAGUCUCUACACUUUCAGUGGGAACAGAAGAUGGCCAGAAAUUGUUCGAAGAUAUGUUACCUAGACGCAAAGUCUCGGUACUUCCGGUGGAAACAGUGGAUGACCAGUCAUUACCUAGACACAAAGUCUCGGUACUUCCGGUGGAGACAAUGGAUAACCAGUUAUUACCUAGACACAAAGUCUCGGUACUUCCGGUGGAAACAGUGGAUGACCAAUCAUUACCUAGACACAAAGUCUCGGUACUUCCGGUGGAAAUAGUGGAUGACCAGUCAUUACCUAGACACAAAGUCUCGCUACUUCCAGUGGAAACAGUGGAUGACCAGUCAUUACCUAGACACAAAGUCUCGGUACUUCCGGUGGAAACAGUGGUGAACCAGUCAUUACCUAAACAAAAGUCUCGGUACUUCCGGUGGAAACAGUGGAUGACCAGUCAUUACCUAGACACAAAGUCUCGGUACUUCUGGUGGAAACAGUGGAUGACCAGUCAUUACCUGGACACAAAGUCUCGGUACUUCCGGUGGAAACAGUGGGUGACCAGUCAUUAACUGGACACAAAGUCUCGGUACUUCCGGUGGAAACAGUGG